GGUGUCUUCUAAGCGUCUUUGUGAAUCUGAUUGCAUUCACACACAAGCAGCGAAAACAUGAGUUCCCGAUACGACAGAGCUAUCACUGUUUUUUCACCUGAUGGUCACCUUUUUCAAGUUGAAUAUGCACAAGAAGCCGUCAAAAAGGGAUCGACAGCGGUUGGCGUUCGGGGAAAUAACAUUGUUGUCUUAGGUGUUGAAAAGAAAGCAGUAGCAAAGCUUCAAGAAGACAGAACAGUUAGAAAAAUUGCACUAUUAGAUGACCAUGUUGCUCUGGCUUUUGCAGGUUUGACAGCAGAUGCUCGAAUUCUGAUCAACAGAGCUCGCGUGGAGUGUCAGAGUCACAAACUCACUGUAGAGGACCCUGUGACAUUGGAGUACAUCACACGAUACAUAGCACAAUUAAAACAGAAAUACACCCAAAGCAAUGGAAGGAGGCCCUUUGGAUUAUCUGCUCUGAUAAUAGGCUUUGACUAUGAUGGCACCCCACAUCUUUACCAGACCGACCCCUCAGGAACCUACCAUGAGUGGAAGGCAAAUGCUAUUGGUAGAAGUGCUAAACCAGUACGAGAGUUUCUAGAGAAAAGUUACACAGACGAGGUAGCUGGCAACCAAGAGGAGUGCAUAAAGCUGGCCCUGAAAGCCUUACUAGAAGUUGUACAGUCCGGGGCCAAAAAUGUAGAGUUAGCUGUAAUGAGGGACAAGGAACCAUUAAAAAUGUUAGAACUUGAGGAAGUAGAGAAAUACAUUGCAGAAAUAGAGAAAGAAAAGGAAGAGGAGGCAGAGAAAAAGAAGCAGAAGAAAUAGUGACUUGAAGAUUUUGUUUAGUGUUUAUUGUCAGUGCUAUUUUGUCCCAUACUUCUCAUGUCAUUAAAUGUAUGAAACUUGU